AGCAGCGCGGGAGGAGGAGGAGGAAGGGCGCCGAACCUGCGGCAAAACUCGGCGUCGGGCGACAGCCACGCAAGCUCGGAGCUGACGCGGUGCAAGGGCUCCAUGAGGUCGGAGGACUUCCUCGACCCGAAGUCGGCGUGGAAGUCCGGGGCCAGUUCCAGGCAGAACACAUUCAGC